CAUCAAUCAGGUUACCCGAUACAAUGUUUAAGGUAAUAACAGUCCUCAGCUUGUCUUUCCUUAUAAUGGGAGUGCAAGGCUUCGCAGGCUUUAAGUUCAGUGAUGACCCAGGAAUAGUCGUGGCUAUUAGGGAAACAGUCGUUGAGAAACUCAUGCAGACUUACUUUGAUCAGGCUGCAGAAGCGAUAAAGGAAUUCGAAAUUGAUGAUACUAUUAAGGAGAAGAACAUGAAGAUUCAUGGUAUCAGAGGUGAACUCCAGAAUUUGGAUAAGAAUAAUAUCGAAAUUAAGUUCAACCCAAAAAUCAACGGGCUCUCUGUUGUAGUCAAAGAUCCAAAAAUCAUUCUUCGUUCAAAAGUGGAGGUGAAGAAGGUAAUCAAGAUCAAGGGAAAUAUUAAGGCGACAGGCAAGUUCAAAUCGAUUAGCAUGGAUAUCUCCUUCAUCAGAGGGUUAACAGACUGGCAAUAUAUUCCAAAUGUUGAGGUCAAGAAUAUGGAUGUAAAUAUGAAUGACAAAGACUUUAAAGUCGUCUUCGAAUGUCACAAAUGUCUAAAAGACGUGAAGAACUUUGUUAUAAAGCUUUUCAGAAAGGAAAUCACUAAGAAGCAGACCAGGCUCAGUUGCACCCAUGCCAAGCUAUAA